GCGAAUUUUCCUUCUGAUUCCUUGGCCUCCUCCGUCUUCUCCCAGCUCGAACCUGCAAAGAGGAAACAAGGGAGGCCCCGCCCGCAAGGCACCUCUGGGCAAGCUGUAGCUGCUAAACAAGUUGCCUUUUCCUCUUUUCACCCUGUUUUUAGAGAGAGGAAAGCUCUUUGCUUGGCGGGGCUUCCUGAAUUGUUAUUGCUUAUUAGUCUCUAGUCUGACAUUGCUUCAUUGAUAUGAUACUGCUAAAGAAAAGAUAAAAGGUCCUGAGAGAUGUGAUGGCUUUUGUGAGGAGGAAUCGCACUGGGUGACGUAAAAGUCUCUCUAUUCAUCAUGGAUAUUCGUUGUUCAUUGCUUGCGAUUCUGCUGGAUUGUCCCAGGGAGAUGCAGUUUAGCGGUUUGAUAAAAUGCUUGCAUGUGAUGUUUGAGAAAAUUGGUGCCUAGCUUUAUGUUUUCUUAAUGUGGCAGUUUGAAAAUCCUCCCUAUACAAAUUAAUCUCUAAGCAGCGCUUUUAUGUGGGUUUAAGGAUACUGACUUAUUGGAGAAUACUACAGCGGGCAGUUAGUUCUUUAUUAAGAAUAUUGUUGUUUUGAUGUUUUCGUUUCAAUUAUGUUAUAUGGACAGGUAUGUUCUUUUUGGUUUGUUGAGGAAUUCUGUUGAUGAGGGAUACAAUGACGAAGCCUUUGUUUCAUGUCAUCUGAGAUAUUGAGCGAGCUGAGUCUAAAGAGUAACAGAAGUAUGAUGCUUGUUAAAUGUGGAAAUUCAAUUUCUUGUCCGAUUCUGUCUUCAGUAGAAUUUAAGAGUAUGGACGGUAGUAGAAUGUUGCUUCAGACUAAGGCAGAUAUUGGAGCUCUGCUAUUUGGUUAUAGAAUUUCAAAGCCUAUAACAUGUGGCUCACACAAGAAAAAUUAUAUCAGAAGUGCAUUAGCUUUUCCUUUGAUCCAAUCAUCUCUCAGCCAUAACGGAAGAGCACUAGGUAGACCCAGAGUGCUGGAAAAAAAAGGGAAAGGAGGAGUUGGAAAGAAGGAGCACCACUUAUGGCAAAGAAGAGAUUCUGCUAAAUCUGGGCAAAAGGCGCUUAGUCUUAUCAGGAUUGUGUCUGAACUCCCUAAUGAAAAAGAGGCUGUUUAUGGGGCAUUGGACAAAUGGACAGCUUGGGAGACAGAGUUCCCAUUGAUUGCAGUUGCCAAGGCUUUAAAAAUCUUAAGGAAAAGGGGCCAGUGGGUUCAGCUAAUUCAAGUGGCAAAGUGGAUGUUAAGCAGAGGUCAAGGAACAACAAUGGGGACUUAUGACACUCUUCUUCUGGCAUUUGAUAGAGAUCGGAGGGUUGAGGAAGCAGAAUCAUUGUGGAACAUGAUUAUACAUGCCCAUACGCGCUCUCUCUCAAAGAGACUUUUUUCAAGGAUGAUUGCAUUGUAUGACCAUCAUUAUAUGCCUGAUAAGAUAAUAGAGGUAUUUGCAGACAUGGAGGAGUUGCGUGUAAAACCCGAUGAAGACACAGUUCGCAGAGUGGCACGAGCAUUCAGAGAACUAGGUCAAGAAGAAAAGAUGAGAUUGGUUAUAAAAAGAUAUGGGAUUAAGUGGAAGUAUAUUCACUUUAAUGGUGAACGGGUUAGAGUGAGAACAACAUGGGAUGAAGAUGAUGAAUCAACCAACUGAAAUGGGAUUGUGUUUCAACCAGGAAACAGUCUCAUCUGGAUCCGAGAUACUUAGAAAUGUAUUCUAAUGUAAAUAAACGUAACUGUAUAUGCAAAAGUUCAUUAGUUUGCUCUAUGAAGUUAGAUGGACGGAAAAAUUCCCAAGGGUGCUGCUGAUGUCAAUUCUGUAUAACUGUGUAUGGAAACCGCUUAAUUCAAGGAGCGAAGAGUACGUUGGAAUAGAGCAAGAUAUAGUCCUUGUAUGAAUUAGGAUGCUGUAAGAUAUAAUGCAAGAGUGUUUUUACUUGCGUGUUAUUGAACUUAAAAGUAUGGCAAAAUAUGUCAAUUAUAGAAAAGAAAUUAUAAAUA